GGCUUCCAUGGAACGUCUCCUGGCCCAGCUAUGCGGUACCAGUUCCGCGCUGCCGCUCCCGCUGUGGGAGGGGGGCACCACGGGCCACUGCUUCACCCAGCUGGUACUCAGCGCCCUGCCCCACGCACUCCUCGCCGUGCUCAGCGCCUGCUACCUGGGCACUCCGAGGAGUCCAGAUUACAUCCUACCCUGCAGCCCAGGCUGGCGUCUCCGACUCACAACGUCCUUCCUGCUUUCUAUUUUCCCUCUGCUAGACCUCCUUCCAGCUGCCCUGCCACCAGGGGCAGGACCAGGGCCCAUAGAGCUAGAGGUGUUAGCAGCGGGUGUGGCAGCUGUAGCCUGGAUCAGUCACAGCUUGGCCCUUCGGGCAUGGGCCCGUUCCCUUCACGGCCACUCCCGGGGUCCCUUGGUCUUGGCUCUGGCUGCCUUCCUACCAGCCCCAGCCCUGGUGCUGACCCUGCUAUGGCACUGCCAACGAGGCACACUUUAUCCCCCACUUCUCCCAGGGCCCCUUGCCCGCCUAUGCUUUCUCGUCCUGCAACUGGCUGCACUCUUAGCCUAUGGACUGGGCUGGGCAGCCCCUGGGGUACAGCGGGAACCCUGGCCCCAAGAGCCCCUCCUGCCCGAGAGGCAGGAACCUGAGGUGGCUGAAGAUGGCGAGAGUUGGCUGUCACGCUUUUCCUAUGCCUGGCUGGCACCCCUGCUGGCCCGUGGGGCCCGUGGAGAGCUCCAGCAGCCCCAGGACACUUGCCGCCUCCCCCACAGGCUGCAUCCCACCUAUCUGGCCCGGAUCUUCCAGGCACACUGGCAUGAGGGAGCCCGACUGUGGAGAGCCCUUUACAGGGCCUUUGGGCAACGCUACUUGGUGCUUGGACUGCUGAAACUGGUGGCAACUAUGUUGGGCUUCUCAGGUCCCCUGCUGUUGUCCCUACUGGUGGGCUUCCUAGAGGACAAGCAGGAACCCCUAAGUCAAGGUCUGUUCUAUGCCCUGGGGCUGUCCAGCGGGGCUGUGGUUGGUGCUGUGCUGCAGAACCAAUAUGGGUAUGAAGUACGGAAGGUGACCCUCCAGGCACGGGGGGCUGUGCUGGACACCCUAUACCGAAAGGCUUUACAAUUAGGGCCCAGCCGCCCUCCUGCUGGUGAGGCCCUUAACCUAUUGGGCACAGACUCUGAACGGCUACUCAACUUUGCUGGGAGCUUCCAUGAGGCCUGGGGCCUACCUCUGCAGCUGGCCAUUACCCUCUACCUACUGUACGUGCAGGUGGGCAUAGCCUUUGUGGGUGGUCUGGUCCUGGCACUGCUGCUGGUACCUGUCAACAAGGUGAUUGCCACACGCAUCAUGGCCAGCAACCAAGUGAUGCUACAGCACAAAGAUGCUCGGGUCAAGCUUAUGACAGAGCUACUGAGUGGCAUGCGGGUCAUCAAGUUCUGUGGGUGGGAGCAGGCACUGGGGACCCGAGUAGAGGCCUGCCGGACUCGAGAGCUGGGGCGACUGCAGGUCAUCAAAUACCUGGAUGCAGCCUGUGUGUACCUGUGGGCUGCUCUGCCUGUUGUCAUCUCCAUCGUCGUCUUCAUCACCUAUGUCCUCCUGGGACACCAGCUCACUGCCACCAAGGUAUUCACAGCCCUGGCACUGGUGCGCAUGCUUGUCCUUCCCCUCAACAACUUCCCGUGGGUGAUCAAUGGACUUCUGGAGGCCAGUGUGUCCUUGGAUCGGAUCCAGCGUUUCCUUGACCUUCCAAACCACAACCCUCAGGCUUACUACAACCCAGACCUCCCCACAGAACCAUCUACAGUAUUGGAGCUGCAUGGAGCCCUGUUCUCGUGGGACCCAGUUGGAAGCAGCCAGGAGACCUUCAUCAGUCACCUUGAAGUGAAGAAGGGUUUCCUGGUGGGCAUCGUGGGGAAGGUGGGCAGUGGGAAGAGCUCACUGCUGGCAGCCAUCGCUGGGGAGCUCCACAGGCUAUGUGGGCAGGUGGCAGUGUCAGGGAUGUCCAAGGGCUUUGGUCUGGCCACCCAGGAACCCUGGAUUCAGUUUGCCACCAUCCGAGACAACAUCCUCUUUGGAAAGCCAUUUGACGCCCAGCUGUACAGAAAAGUGCUAGAGGCCUGCGCUCUCAACGAUGACCUCAGCAUCCUGCCUGCAGGAGACCUGACAGAGGUAGGGGAGAAGGGUGUGACCCUCAGCGGGGGACAGCGGGCCCGGAUUGCCCUUGCUCGGGCUGUCUACCAGGAAAAGGAACUCUAUCUUCUUGAUGACCCUCUGGCUGCUGUGGAUGCAGAUGUGGCCAACCACUUGCUGCAUAGGUGCAUACUGGGAGUCUUGAGCCACACUACACGGCUGCUCUGCACCCACCGGGUUGAGUAUCUGGAGAAGGCUGACGUGGUGCUGCUGAUGGAAGCCGGACGCCUCAUCCAGGCUGGACCUCCCUCUGAGAUUCUGCCACUGGUACAAGCAGUCCCCAAAGCCUGGGCUGAGGAGGAACAGAAAUCUGACUCAGCCACAGCCCAGUCAGUAUGGACCCCAGGAAAAGCACAGGAGGGGCAGGACAUGGAGGAGAAUGCAUCUAGCCGUCUGCUGCAGGAAGAAAGUAAAAAGGAGGGCGCCGUGGCCUUCCAUGUGUACCGAGCAUACUGGAAGGCUGUGGGCUGGUGCCUGGCCCUAGCUAUCCUCUUUUCUCUGCUCCUCAUGCAAGCCACUCGGAACGCUGCUGACUGGUGGCUCUCCUACUGGAUCUCACAACUGAAGACAGCUAAGAAUAGCUCCCAGGAGGCUGCAGCCCCCACCGGCCCCAUUUCCUCAGGGCUCUUCUCUCCCCAGCUGCUGCUCUUCUCCCCUGGAAGCCUCUAUGCCCCAGUGUUCCCUCUGCUUAAAGCUGCCCCCAAUGGCUCCUCAGACGUCAGUUUCUACCUCACCAUUUAUGCGACCAUUGCUGGUGUCAACUCCCUCUGCACUCUACUCCGGGCAGUGUUCUUUGCAGCCGGUACUCUACGGGCAGCCGCCAUCCUGCAUCGCCGCCUGCUACAACGAGUCCUUAUGGCACCAGUGACAUUCUUCGAUUCCACACCCACGGGCCGGGUCCUGAACCGCUUCUCCUCUGACAUUGCCUGCACGGACGACAGCCUGCCCUUCAUCCUCAACAUCCUCCUGGCCAAUGCAGUGGGCCUGUUGGGCCUCCUGGCUGUGCUGAGCUCAGGCCUGCCCUGGCUGCUGCUGCUCCUGCCACCUUUGGGCAUCAUCUACUACCGUGUGCAACGCCACUACAGGGCCUCCUCCAGGGAACUGCGGCGCCUGGGCAGCCUUACCCUGUCCCCACUCUAUACCCACCUGGCUGACACCUUGGCUGGCCUCCCCGUGCUCCGGGCUGCUGGGGCUACCAACAGAUUUGAGGAGAAGAACCAGCAACUCCUGGAGCUAAACCAGAGGUGCCAGUUUGCCGCCAGUGCCACGAUGCAGUGGCUGGACAUCCGGCUACAGCUCAUGGGGGCCGCAGUGGUUAGUGCCAUCGCGUGCAUUGCCUUAGUGCAGCACCAGCAGGGUUUCACCAAUCCAGGGCUGGUGGGCCUGUCGCUGUCUUAUGCCCUGUCCCUGACUGGUCUGCUAUCGGGCCUGGUGAGCAGCUUCACCCAGACAGAAACCAUGCUGGUGAGUGUGGAGCGGCUGGAGGAGUACUCUUGUGACCUACCUCAGGAGCCCCAGGGCCACCUGCUGCAGCUGGGUGUCGGCUGGCUGACCCAGGGGAGUGUGGAGUUCCAGGACGUGGUGUUGGCGUACCGGCCAGGGCUGCCAAAUGCCCUGGAUGGGGUGACCUUCCGUGUGCAACCUGGAGAGAAGCUGGGCAUCGUGGGCCGCACAGGCUCCGGCAAGUCCUCCCUGUUGUUGGUGCUCUUUCGGCUACUGGAGCCCAGUGCGGGGCGAGUGCUGCUGGAUGGGGUGGACACCAGUCAGCUGGAGCUGGCUGAUCUCAGGUCCCAGCUGGCCAUUAUCCCCCAGGAGCCCUUUUUAUUCAGUGGAACUGUUCGGGAAAACCUGGACCCCCAGGGCCUGCAUGAGGACAGGGCCCUAUGGCAGGUCCUGGAGCAAUGCCACCUGAGGGAGGUGAUGGAAUCCACAGGUGGCCUGGACAGUAAGCUGAGUGAGGGAGGCCGAAGCUUGUCACUGGGGCAGAGGCAACUGCUGUGUCUGGCCCGGGCUCUCCUUACAGAUGCCAAGGUCCUGUGUAUUGAUGAAGCCACAGCAAGUGUAGACCAGAAGACAGACCAACUGCUCCAGCAGACCAUCCGCAAACGCUUUGCCAGCAAGACAGUAUUGACCAUUGCCCACAGGCUCAACACGAUCAUGAACUCCGACCGGGUCCUGGUGCUGCAGGCGGGGCGGGUCAUGGAGCUGGACUCCCCUGCUGCCCUGUGUGACCAGCCCCACUCGCUGUUCCAGCAGCUGGUGCACAGCAGCCAGCAAGGAACCUGUUCCUCUCCCUGA